GGUAGCAACAAUGGAAAUAAAUUGAACAGCAUGCUACUCAAACAAAAACCAUUGUCCCUACUCCCUACUAUUUGAGCAUUGAAGUUCUAUUGAAUUGUACUAUCUAUAACCUAAAUUGCUGUGCUUUUGUUGUUGUCUAAUUACGCAUGAUAAUGAAAUUAGAAUGGUGUGCUAGUUAUUAAUUCAGUCCAUUGUUCUAUAUUGAGUCCGGGUGAAGUAUCCUGUGGAGUUAUUGGAAUUGUCAGCUGGUCUAUGGUGACUGAAGAGGAGGACAGUUUCCUGAUAGUUCAUUCAAUCCAAAUAAUCAACCGCUCUCCCUUUCAGUGUUGAAUUGACCUUAAAAAAAUAAUCUCCAAACAGUAACAUGUUCAAAGCAGAGAAAAUUGCUAAUAUGAUGAUAAUAUAUAUUGUUUAAGUAAGACUACUGGUUAUAUUUUUGUGUUAGGACGCGUACAGCAUUUACUGGUAAAUAUAAGUUAUAUAUAUACUUUUUUCUAGUUACGGUAAAUACUGAAAUGAGAAAUUUUAUUGAACUAAAUCCUGGAGCAAUAAAAGAAUACUGAAACAGUAAAAAAUGCUGUUUGAUGAAGAAGACUGGAAAGAUGAUAACAGAGGGAUAGACUUGAAGACCUCACUCUUUGAUGGGCGACAUGAUACCGCUAUAGAUUUAAAACAAAUUAAUACAGUUCCUAAUAGAAGAAAACGAAAAAAAGUUAAAAAGUCAAGUUGUAGUGUCAAGUCACUUAUACCAACAACAGAAUACAGUGAAUUCAGCCCAAAAAAUGUAGAAUUAAGCAAAUCGCCUCCAGAAAUACACCAUGUAAGAAAAGUGAAAAGCAGAAAACGUAAGAAGAGAGAUCCAUGUAAUACAUUUCAGAAUCAGAAUUUGCUACUAAACAACUUGAAAGAUGUUGAUGAAGAAUCUUCAAACGAAAAAGACACACUGAAAACUACCACUCCACAAAUCGUACCUGAUAAAAUGGAUCGGAAAAGAAGAAAAUUAUCUGAAAUGCUGGGUAUUGGCCUUGUUGAGUUCGAAAAACCUCGUAAAGAAAGAAGUUCGUCAAGGUUUCAACAAAAUCAGCUGAAACCAGUCACUAGCAAUACAAAAAGUGAGCCACAUUCUACUGCCAUCGAUAAAAGAUCUGAUGAUUUGAGAAAUGCUGUUACAUCUAAGCUGGAAUCUUCGCAAUUUAGAUUUAUAAAUGAACAGUUAUAUACUCGAACAAGCAAGGAUGCAAAACAACUGUUUACAAGCGAUGUAAAAUCAUUUCAGUCAUAUCAUGCUGGUUUCAAAAAGCAAGUAUCGAAGUGGCCUGUGAAUCCUCUGGAUCUUAUCAUAAAUUAUUUGAAAAAAAGACCUUCAGAUUGGGUCAUUGGGGACUUCGGAUGUGGUGAUGCAAGACUUGCUGCAAGCAUUAAAAACAAAGUUUACUCGUUUGAUUUGGUUGCUGUAAAUACUAGAGUCACUGUUGCGGAUAUAUCUCAGGUUCCACUACCUAAUGGAAGCAUUGAUGUUGCUGUUUUAUGUUUGUCACUUAUGGGAACAAAUUAUGUAGAAUUCCUCAUGGAAGCAAAUAGAACACUUCGUCACAAGGGGGUUUUAAAGAUUGCAGAGGUGGCAAGUCGAUUUACAAAUAUUUCUAAAUUUGUUAUGUUGAUGAAAAAAUUAGGAUUUGAGUUGGAACGUCAGGAUCGAGAAAAUUCUCAUUUUUUAAUGUUUGAUUUUCGUAAGAUAAAAUCUCCACAAUCUCAUAUAAAACCAAGCUCGGAAAUCCUGAAACCAUGUGUGUACAAAAAGAGAUGAUAUUUGUCCACUGAACGGGAUUCAUUGCGAGUUAUUAUGGAGCAAUUUUCUUUGAAGAAUAAACGGCAGGUUCUUGAUUCAGAUGCAUUUAUCAAACUUAAAUGAGAUAUCUGAAAUUGUCCGAGACUUUCUCUGUUUGUUGCUUUGUCUGAUAUAACAGUAAUUUUCAAAAAUUUGAUAUUGAUACUAAUAAAAAGCGCUGAUACCGAUACGCAGCUAUGUGAAAUUGCUGAUUUUCCAAUAACCUGCGGCCUGAACAUUUCAACUAAAAGAAAAGAUAUCCAAAAACACGGUAACGCGCAACUUCAAAUUCGUAUUUGCGAUGCAAAUGCAUAAAUGGCGAGUCACAUGACUUACCACCAUGGUUUUAUUAAAAAACCUGAAUUAACUGCA